UUACGUGCAACAGUAAGCAUGAAGCGCUCAAAGCUAUUAUUACAAUUAGCGUUGGUAAACAAUACAGAAAAAAAUGAGGCGAUUUCCGUUAUCAGCGGUGAAACUAUUUCUAAUUUGGAAGAAACCGCUGCUGGGUUGGAAGAGAAUCAGAAUAUAGAGAGACCUGAUAAGAUAACGCGGCCAGAAGAAUCUGCAGGUGCGUCAUCAGUAUCAAGUAUAGUACCUGAGACUGCGUCUUUUCCUUCUAGCGAACGGGAACCCUUUAGUGAAUCGGCGUCAGAAUAUGUUCCAUCGCUCUCAAAAUCUUCGUUAAGUGAAAGCACCGCAGGAUCUUUAUCUUCGUGUCUGAGUGUUUGUGCGCCAAUUACCGCAAUAUUAGACGAACCCGCGGAACCAUGCACCUCAAAAGUGACACGAUAUUUGGACAAUUUGGUUUCUCAUCAGUCAACUCAAGGCGUUCCAGAACCGGUUCUUGAGCAUCCGGACAAAGAAAACCGUUACGUAAAAUCGGCACCUACUCAAGAGCGAGCUACACUUUGUCCAAUUUGCUAUAAGGAUGUUGACACACAUUUCUCUCGCCACUUAUUGCGACACCAUAAAGAUCACCAACAAGUUCAACUAAUGGCUAAGUUAAAACCCAAAAGUAAGGAACGUCGAAGCAUUGUUACAGCCUUACGAAAGCAAGGCUACUUUCAUUUGAAAACGGAAAAGGAUAAAUUAAACCCAGUAAAAUCUUCAAAAGAUACUGCGACGAAGUAUUUUGUAUGUGUACAUUGCUUAGGAUAUUACGCAAAAAAUUCAUUAUAUAAACAUGUAAAAAGAUGUACGCGUAGACCUGUCGACCAAGGAAAACCUAAAAGUUGGUUAGCAGAAUCGCAAUCCUUCUCAGCUUUGGUUAAACUAAAAAAUGACAAGCUUCUGAAAUCUUUACGUAUAAGGGAAGAAGUUUUUUCUGUUAUGAAACCGGAUGAAAUAAGCCAUACAGCUAAAAGCGAUCCCUUAAUUAUACUUUACGGAGAGCAUUUAAUAAGCAAGCACAAAAGACAACAAAUCGCUGUAGUAGUAUCUAACAAAAUCCGGGAGAUGGGGCGAUUACUGUUGGCUUUAACCCGUAACUGGUGAUGUGGGGUUUGUCAAACCCCACUGAAACUUGGAAUUAUUGCGAUCCCGUUUGUGGUGGGAAGAGAUGGUUGGUAGCCCAUAUAGCUUUCAGUUAGUUCACCGUAGCCAGUUCAAUCUAUCACACACGUUAGUGCAGUGGCGCUAAACUUAAAUAUUUAAGCGUUUAAUGAGCGUGGGGUAUGCGAAACCCCAGGUCACCAGUUACGUUACAGUUUAUUUUUGUUCGCAACUUAAAAUGGAUUCUCUUUCUUCUGCACAACGUAUGAACGUCGAUGAUCCUCGCUUUGAAGAGUGGGCUGCACUUCAAUUAAAUGAGUUGGAGAGUGAUUUUAGUGGAGAUGAAGAUACAGUUGCACCUGACUUUUGCAGCGACCAUGACUCAAAUUCCGAGAUAAGUGUUUCUGAUAAUUCCGAGGUGGAAAGUGAGCAUUUAGAGACAGACGCAUCUUCCGACGAAUAUCAACCGAUACAAAAGAAAAGAAAAAAGGUUCGUAGCAGUUAUUAUGGGAAAAAUAAGUUUAAGUGGUCUGUGGACCCUCCAAAUCCAAAUGUGCGCACGAGAAAACAUAACAUCAUCUCGCAUCUUCCUGGCAUCAUCGGACCUGCUAAACAAAAAGGCACGCAUUCUACACAACUUUCUUGCUGGGAACUUUUAUUUACUGAGGACAUAUUGAAUGAAGUACUCCAAUGUACCAAUGAGAAAUUGUUAGAAGUUCGUGAAAAAAAUGUUCAACAAAACCGCAGUGAAUACAAAGAUCUCGAUCUUAUGGAGCUCCGAGCUUUUAUGGGCAUCUUGAUGUAUACGUCAAUUUUUAAAUCAAACCAUGAAGACCUGGAAUCUCUUUUUGCCACAGAUGGUACGGGACGCGAUGUAUUCCGAUGCACGUUAUCACUGAAACGUUGUUUAGUCAUUUUAACAUGCCUUCGCUUUGAUCAUGCAUUAGAUAGAGAAGAUAGGAAGAAAACUGAUCCUAC